CACGGUCACACUGCCAUGUUCAACACCAUGUCUAGCUCGCACACCAUGAACAUUUUGAUACUUUUCAUAGUAUUUUCCAGUAUGUUUUUAAGACGCGUUAUGGAAAACCUCGUUGUGAUAAUCCAAUCAUGUAGAAAUAAUGUAGAAAUGAAUUUAAAUGCCAUGUCCCAGACCACAACGAAUACUAAUUUUUGAUCAGAAUCGAAUUUAUGAUCGUCUGCCAUCAAAAUCUCAAUUUUUUUAAAUGUCGAAGAAAAGGCAUGUAAGAAAGUGGUUAGCGCAGGUUUUGCACACUGGCGCUUCCAUGGGGAUUAUAUGAAAAACGGACGGCCAACAUUGUUUAAAUGUACACACUCCCCCCUAGGGGUGGCCUUUAAUAAUUACAUUACAAUGUGUAGAAAACAUGUAGGAAACGUGUAAUUACCAUGUAAGCAAAAUGCAUUUCUGUGGGAAUUGCUGUUGACCUUUUUUGUUUAAACCUUUUUUAUAAACAAUCCAAUAAAGCUAGGUUCUUUAAAGUAACCAGUGUUGUAGGAAAGUGAUUCUAUAAUUGGAUAAAAUUAUGUUCUAAGGGCUAAGGUUGCUUGAUAGUUAUUAAUAUUGAACCGAAUAUCAAAAUCGAGGAAUAUGAUGGAAUUUGAAUGGAAAUAUUUCGUCAGUAUAUUUACGGUAUAUUUUAAAAAUGAGACUCCAUAGAGCAUGUUCAAAAAUAAACCAUAUCAUCCAAAGAAAAGAAAAUUCCCCAGCAACAACAUCCCAUAAAAGGUCUAAAAUAUAUUUUGGAUAUUAUUAAUGGUGCAAAUUCGUUGGCCAUUGGCCCCUGGCGUGUGUGUGCGUACAUACCAAAAGAACUGCUGCCGUCUCUGUUGUUGUUGUUGUGUGCGUGUGCAGAGCAGAGCAUAUAAAUUGCCAAAAGUUUUUAUAUAAGAAGCUCCAUGUUCUAUGUUUCUCAACAAUAUAUCCCCCCCGUGUGCUACAUCUAAAUGUGAACGCACAUACUUAAUAUUAGCAGAGUUGUCAUUGACCCCCCUGGCAACCGACGCGCUGGCCAGUACAGCAAUAGCAACGGCAAGAGGGCAGCAGCAGCAGCAGUUACCAUACGACCACCCAGCGGCCAUACACCCCAUCAUACAAAUGAAUAUAUGGAAGUGCGCGUGCUAGAAGGCAAGCCACCUGCUGCUGUUGCUGCUUCGUGGAACGAGUGGUUCAGAGACUGGGACUAGGAUUAGGACUAGCACUACGGAUAUUGGCAUUGCCCCUCCCAUCCAGACAGCUGCUUCAAACUGCGCCGGUGACGACGAGCAGUUAAGGGCAGCAGCAUCUCUGCCCCUGCCCUAGCCCUAGGACCUCUACCCGCCGAGUGGAGCAGCAGCUAGCGGCCAGGAGAAAAACAGCCGCCGACGCCGCCGCCGCAGCGCAAUGAACGCCAGCCUCAUCUAUGAGAUACUCAUGUAUCUGAAUUCAUUCUAUUUUGGCAUGUACGCCGCCUUUGAGGUGGGCGUGGGCGUGCUGAAGGCAAUCAACCUGAACUACGGCGAGAAUGUAUUGUCGCGGGAGGCGUCCAUACUGCUCUCGCUGUGCAUCAUUGAGACCCUACGCAUUGUCUUUGGCCGCAAGAGCAGUCUCAGCGAUCGUGGAUGGCAAGCAACCGCAUCCGUAAUAUUAACACUGCCCAGUCUUGCUAUUGUUAUAUAUUUGUGUUGUUUUCAAACCUAUGUUCUCAAACUCGAAAUGAUUCUGAGUGCCUUAAUGAUCACCCUACAAGGUGCUGAACUAGUCUAUGCCAGCAUAUUCAUUUGUACAAUGUGUCGACCCGUAACAUACACCUAGCAGUUGAUGUACCACGACCAAGCCAUCAUCAGCAGCACCAUCAACAUCAGCACUAGCGCUAGAACUAGCACUGCUAGAGGAAGGGGCGGCAGCCGAGGUAGAGCGACGACGAAGACGAGACGAGACUUUCUCCUGGCACUACUCUAUCAGACACUAGACCACUUUAAGGACUCCUCUACUCUAGCGACUAGCAAAUAA